GUGGACCCCGUCGCGCAGCUGGUGUGCGGCAUCGUCACCUCCCUGAGUCCCUUCGCCCUCGGCACCGUCAUAUCGCCGACCUUUUUGGCACAAGCCUACUUGAAGUCCCUGGUGCAGGCUCCGGGUCGCCGGUUCACCCUCCUCUUGGACCUGCUGUUCUUGGAGCGGCCUGUGGAGGACGUGAUCGUCUCGUGCCUGCUGGGAGGGAAUGCCACCGUCCAAGGACACGCGACACGGCUUCUUCAGGGUCACAGUACAAAGGUGCUCAAGCGUGCCCGACUCGGUGACGAGGCCCUGAGCUUCCAGCGCGGCAAACUCCGGCCCAACACGUGGAGGCCCAAGCUUCGCUACGUCAAGACGAACGACGAGCUCGCGUGGACCCUUCCUGUGGGAGGCAUCGUCUUCGGAAAGACCUACAAGAUCAAGUGGAGGAUCCGCCUGGGCCGGGGCGUGGCCAGCGGCACCGAGCUGCCCCUUACUGUGCGUGUGGCGGACUGGAUGGAGGACUUGGUCGUCACGGCCAAGUAG